AUGGCCGACGAUGUUGCCCCCCUUGCCUCCCUCUCGCUAACCCACGUCUACUACAACCCAGAAGAUCCACUAUCCUACCUGUGCGCCUUCCUCUCCCUCCUCCCGCAAGCCCUGUGCGUCGUUUACGCGACCCUGCUAUGGUCUACGCGCGAGGCCGAGGUCCUGCUCAUGUUUGCGGGCCAGUUGGCGUGCGAGGCAGUCAACUUCGCGCUGAAGCGGCUGAUCAAGGAGGAGCGGCCGAAGCUGGGAACGGCUGUGGGGAAGGGGUAUGGCAUGCCGAGCUCGCAUGCGCAGUUUGCGGUCUUCUGGGCGGUGGCGGUCAGUUUGUUUUUGCUGGUUCGCCAUAGGCCUCGACAGACUUGCCAGGAGAGGGCGGCUGCGGUUGUCGGGAAAGGUUCCUCAGAUGCGCGGGAGCAGACGCAGGGCGACUGGAAUAGGCAUGGCGGACUGGCCGACGUCUCCCGAGCAUACCGAACCGGCGGGUUCCCCCCGCUCAAUACCUCGAUUGAGGCAUACGCACAUGCUUCGUGGACGCUGGCCGAGCGGGGCGUGGUGAGCGCGUGCGCACUGCUCGUCGCCGGGCUAGUGGCGUGGAGCCGCGUGUAUCUGGGCUAUCACACGGUGCGGCAGGUGUUGGCCGGAUGCGCGGCGGGGGCGGGAUGUGCGGCUGCCUGGUUUGCGGUUACCUACCUGCUGCGGGAAACCGGCGCGCUGGCAUGGGCCUUGGAGUUGCCGCCUGCAAGGUGGCUCCGAGUGAGAGAUCUGGUUGUGGCGGAGGAUUUGUGUCAGGCGGGAUGGGAGAAAUGGGAGGAGAGACGGAGGAUGGCACUGUUGGAAGUACGGCAGAGGGAACGAGAGAGAGAGAAAAAGGUCAAUUGA